AUGUCGAUAUUAGGAAACACAAACAAUCGCGAAGAAGACAGUAUGUCUGAGGAGGAUAUGAUGGACAGUGAGGACGAAGAUGAAACAAUCGCUAGAAUACAACGCGCUCAUUUUGCGCAAGCUGCCGCUAUGAACCCUCGUCGGCGGCCGGCAGCAAAACCGAGGCGCAUGAGCCAGAAGAGAAAAAUAGAAGCUGUACGAAAUUUCCACGACUUUACUAAAAAACUUAAAAAAGACACUGGUAUAAAGAUACGAAGUUUAGGUGGUGAUGAUUUAUUAGAAUUUAGUGAUUUUUCUAGUGAGGAAAACAAUACUGAUAGUGACGGUUUAUCAGAAGAAGAAUUUACUGUAGAUCCUAGUGCAGUGAAAGAGUUAAAUGAAGAAAAUGAGAGCUAUAUUGAUCCUGAGACUGGUGACUUUGUCGAGGCUAAGUUAAAGGGUGCAGAUUCAAACAAUUCUGUGGCCUUGGAACCGACAUCAUCGGAACAGCAGUUAGAACCUAAAACCCUUUCAAUUAGUGAUAUUAUUGAUGAAAGUGGGUUAGAUUUGUCAAAAAAUGUUGUAAUAACUGAAGUUGAAGAAAGCGACCUGUGUCCAGAAAAGACUUCUGAAGAGUUAUUGGAUAUUAAAGAAGAUAGUAGUAGUAGCCAGAAUUUUGAUAUAACAGAAAAGUUAAAAGACAUGGGAGAAAUAAGUGUAAAACCAGUAAAUAAAACAGAGGAUGAAGAUGAUAGUAAUAAAGCUGAAGAUGAAGACGAGAAAAAGCUUAAUUCAAGUGCAUUGAAUGUUCGCCGCAACAUCAGGGAAGUUAUGGAUGAAAAGAAUUUAGAUGCAUCAACAUUGACAGCUCAAAGGCAGGAGUCUGAGCGUUUAGCCAGAGUUCAGGAGCAACAGAGAAUCAUAAGAGAGGUACAAAGACAAAUAGCAAUAAAUAGACAAAAUAAAAUUCAUGAAAAAACCAUAUCGCUUUUACAAGGAUCAUCGUUACUAAAGAAAGGAGCUGCACAAAAACUUAAUUUACCAAACACAGUAUUAGUGAAAUUACCUUCUGGGGAAAUAGUUAAAAAGACAACCACAAAGCAGGGCCAGUUGGAAGUGACGAAAGUACCUAAACCGACUACAUCUGCCUCAGCUUUGGCUCAAAAGUUAAAAUUGGAGCAAAAGGGAGAGAAAAAGGAGGUUGUGGAAAUAGUUGAUAGUAGCACCGGUGAGGAGUCUUCAUCUUCAUCAUCAGAUUCCGAUGACUGUAUAAUGCUGUCAGAUUCAGAAGUUCCACCUAGCCCUGAAGCUGAAGAGGACCCUGGUAAUUCAGGCCUUCAUGUAAAUGAUGCAUACAAUAUGCCGGAUGAACAAGGAAGGGUACAAAUAAAUAUAGGGCAUCCAGAAAAUGAGGAAGACAUCUUUUUAGCUCCACAAAUUGCAAGGAUCAUUAAACCGCAUCAGAUUGGAGGUGUUCGAUUUCUCUUUGAUAACAUAAUUGAGUCGACAGAGCGGUUUUCCAAUUCGACUGGUUUCGGAUGUAUUUUGGCACAUUCGAUGGGACUCGGAAAGACAUUACAAAUUGUUUGCUUUUGUGAUAUAUUCCUGAGACAUACUAGUUCAAAAACUGUGUUGUGUAUUAUGCCUAUAAAUACUCUGCAGAAUUGGGUUGCAGAAUUUAACAUGUGGCUUCCCGUGGAUGCGGCCACCAGCCCCUUAGCGGCUCACGGCGAAGUCAGGUCACGGAACUUCCCGAUUUAUGUGUUAAAUGAUAGUCACAAAACUCUUCAAAUGCGUGCCAAAGUAGUUAAGGAUUGGACAACGUCAGGUGGUGUCCUCAUGAUAGGAUAUGAACUAUAUAGAUUGUUAAGUAUGAAAAAAGAUAAAAAACCUCGUAAGAAAAAGAAAGCAGAUGCAAAGUUGGAGGCAGAGAAAGAGAAGGAAGAUAAGAAGAAUGAUAUAGGGAAUGAUGAUACCACUCAGGGCUCCGAUGGUACGACUAUGACUAAAACAUCAGACGAUCGUACGGAAGAUGGAGGGGAAAUAAAACUAGAACUUGAUAAAGAAGAUAAGAAGGAGGACACGUCCACUGAUGAGGAUAAGAAGCUUCUAGAUGAAAUGUUCGAAGCGUUGGUGAAACCGGGUCCGGAUCUGGUUAUUUGUGACGAAGGACAUCGAAUAAAGAACUCUCACUCGAACAUUUCGUAUGCUCUCAAGCAAAUGAGGACGAAACGGCGUAUUGUACUAACUGGCUAUCCACUGCAAAACAACCUCCUAGAGUAUUGGUGCAUGGUGGAUUUCGUGCGUCCGAACUAUUUGGGUAGCAAAACGGAGUUCUGUAAUAUGUUCGAGCGGCCCAUUCAGAACGGACAGUGUAUUGACUCCACGCCGCAAGAUAUUCGACUGAUGAGAUAUCGGGCACAUGUGCUGCACUCUUUGUUGGUCGGGUUUGUUCAGAGACGAUCCCACGCGGUUCUCCAGUCGACUCUUCCUCAAAAGGAGGAAUACGUGCUUUUGGUACGUUUGACGCCGUUACAAAGGAAAUUGUACGAUCGGUUCAUGAAUGAAGUCGUUCGCUCGGCUUCCGUGCCUAAUCCGUUGAAAGCGUUCGCUAUCUGUUGUAAGAUAUGGAAUCAUCCCGACGUGUUGUACAACUUUCUAAAGAAACGCAGCGAGGUCAGUGCGGCUAUUGAGGAAGAUUUGGACUUGGAAGAGAUCGGUGGAGUUACGAAGUCUGGCAAAGCCAAGAACAGUAAAGCUCAGCCGAGGCGACCGGGAAAACCUCGGGGUUCUUCGAAAAAACCUGCAGCGACAAUCCCCCCAAACACAACAGCGCCCGUCCUGCCUAAACAAGAACCGUGCAAUAACACGCAGUACCCAAACGCUCCAUACGGGCCUGGGUAUAAAAACGACAGACCCGGGAAUUACCCAUAUCCAUAUCAAAACUCGGCCCCGGGGUAUUAUCCACCCGGCCAAGGUUAUAACAACCAAGAAUAUGGGAAUAAUUACUAUCCCCAACAACAAUACGAUAAUAACUAUUCCAACCAAUACCCACCGAAUCAGGAACAAGGAUACAACCAAAAUUACUGGGGGAACAAUUACUAUGGAAAUUCGGGGUACUACAAUAACGCCCAGUACCCAGAAGGCCAAGCCCCGCCCAAUUUCAAUGCGAGCCAACCAGGCUUUGAAAAUUCUCAACAGUAUCAAGCUAAUUAUAAUUCAGCCAAUAAUCCAAUGUAUCCUGGUGCACCUAAUCAAUAUCCAAGUGGGCCUAAUAACAACAGUGUAACCCCUUACACUGGCAAUCCUCCAGGAAGUUCAUACCCACCAAGUAAUCCUCCAAAUAAUGCCCCGUUUCCACCUGUACCGGGUAAUGUUCCGAACAAUCCACCAUACCCUAAUCCUACUCCCAAUCCGUCUUAUCCCACAAAUAGCCCUCAUAAUAAUCCUCCUUUUCCCGGUAAUGCUCCUCCGCCUAAUAAUACUUAUCCUCCAACUAAUCCUCCAUAUCCACCAAAUAAUCAGGAGAAUUAUCCAAAUCCCCGACCUCAGCAGUAUCAAGGUCAAUAUCCAAAUCAACCUUAUGGCCAGUACGAGUCAAACAGUGGUCCGUCACCGUACCCAAACAGUCAAGGCCCACAAAACUAUAAUUACCCACCCCAACAGUACCCAGGCAAUGCAUAUCCCGCAAACCCACCUGCGUCGUACCAAUACGACAAUCAAACUAACUAUCCCCAAAAUUAUCCGCCUCGGCAGGAGAACCAACCGGCAAUUAAAAUUGAAAGUAAUGGAGAUCCAACGUUUUCGGCGAACGUGAAAACUGAACCCAGUACUGCACCCCAAAGUACACCAUUUGGACCUUAUAAUUACAAUCAAUCGAACUCAUAUGAAUCCCAAGGAGAUUAUAAUCAAUUUCCGAACUAUUCUCAGCCUUUAGAAACAAAGCCGCCUCUAUGUAGUGCCAGCUCUAGUAGUCCUGUGACGUCAUGGCCGAUUCCAGAAACUAUGAAAUCCGAACUGGAUAGAAUAAAGAAUGAAGAUAAAAUAGAAACGAAAUCUGAGUCCGACGGGGAGGUGAAAAUUGAAGAUUUAGAUACAAAAACAAUUGUCAAAGAUGAAGUAAAGAAAGAGAAGCCGGCGAUAACUGAACCGGCGAAAAUCGAAUUGAAUAAACCAGAUACGAAAAACGCGUCAGAUUCAGAAUCUGAAACGCCAAAGAAGGGCAGAGGGAGAGGAAAAGGUAAAGAAAAGAAAGAAAAAUCUCCACGUCAAUCGAAAGCUAAAGCGAAACCUAAAGGCAGAAAGGAUAGAAAGACAUCGAAAGAGAAGAACGACGACUCCGAAUCGGAUCAGAGUGAGAAAGAAGAAAAGUUAAACAAAGAAGAAGAGAUGGCUCUUGUAAAGAAAGCAGAGGAAAUGACAUACGACUGGGCAACUGAUUUAUUAAAGGAUUACACGGCUGGCAUAAUUGAAAACUCUUCGAAAAUGGAGUUGUUUUUCUACAUUUUGAACGAAAGUAUUAAAAUGGGAGAUCGCCUUCUACUCUUUAGUCAAAGCUUGUUUACAUUGAAUUUAAUCGAAGAUUUUCUUGAGAGAAAUUACAUUCCUGGAACUAAUCGUGUUUGGGAAAGGAAUACAUCCUACUUCCGUUUGGAUGGAUCGACCCACGCCCUGGAAAGAGAAAAACUCAUAAAUGAAUUCAACGCGAAUCCUCAUGUUUAUCUCUUCCUGGUGUCCACAAGGGCUGGGUCACUCGGUAUCAACCUGGUGGGAGCGAACAGAGUGAUCGUAUUUGACGCCAGUUGGAACCCUUGUCACGAUACUCAGGCCGUUUGUCGGGUUUACAGAUACGGUCAAAAGAAGCCGUGUUUUGUUUACCGUUUCGUGAUGGACUGUUGUCUUGAGAAGAAGAUUUACGAUCGUCAAAUCAACAAGCAAGGGAUGGCGGACAGAGUGGUUGACGAAUGUAACCCGGAUGCUGUACUCUCUAUGAAAGAGAUAACUAACCUCUGUUUCGAUAAUGAUGAAAAGGAAACGGAGCCAAAAGAUCUCCAAGAGUUCAAGGAUAAGUAUCUAGACGUGUUGAUGCAAGGCAUCCUGACGCUUCACAGCAAACUGCUGACGAAGGAACCCUUCCAACAUGAAUCUCUACUCGUCGAUAGAAAAGAGAAGAAGCUGUCCAGUGCCGAGAAGAGAUUGGCGCAAAGAGGGUACGAAUUAGAGAAGAAAGCGGCCCUAGCCCCAAAACCAACAACAUCGUACCGCACAGUGCGCACGGCAGACGGUAGUUUGGUCCAGCGGCCUGUCGCGUCCGUACGGCCGAUGCAACACGGAGCAAGGUGGAUCCCAGCUGAUGUAUGGCGAAGACAGGGAAUGACUGCGCAAGAGAUGACAUUGCCGUUAGACGUGGUUAUCCCAACGAACUCAUCCGAAAAGACCAACAUUGUUUUAAAGGCUGGUCAGCGGGUGAUGGUUUUGAAAUCGCCUAAAGGGAUUUAUAUGCAGCUUGAGUCUGGAAAGAUUAUUGCGAUCAAAACAGCGCUUAAAGGACUGGGGCCAAAGGGCGAAACUAAGGAAACUCCGCUUGGGAAGAAAAUUAUGAGUAGUCGACCAUCACCUAUAAAUAUUCCCGGAUCACUUAAAAAUAAUUCCGCUAUCACAAUCACUUCUAAAUCCGGUCCUCGCUUCCAAAGAUUACAAAGCAGACCCUCGUUAAUGGGCCCAAAAAUGUCUCGAUCGCUGUUGCCAGGACAAAAAAUAGCAGAAAUUAGAAACCGUUUGGGAGAAAUGCGGUCUUACGGCCCACGACCAAAAUUACCAACACCGCAAAUGAGAAUGCUAAGACCCGGGUUACCUGGAUCCCUUAGCAUCACUAAGAUUCCCAAAAAAUCUGACGAAAGACCGAGAAGCUUUGAAGAGGAAACUCAGAUUUUGGAUAGCGAUGACGAUGAAGGCAGAAGUGAACCAAGUCCGGCAUCGGAUAAAGCUGAUGAUUUAAAGAGUGAUAAAAAAGAAGAGUCUAAAAACCAAGAUGUCGGAGACGAGGAUAAAGAUAAGACCCCAAUAGUAUUGACAACGACUGAACAAUUGCCCUCCGAAGACGUUCUAGAAACGAACAAAAACGAACCAGAAAAGACCGGACAGGAUAAUCCAAUAAACUUAGUGGGUAGAAAAGAGAGUAAGAUCAAUCUACUGAAAAAUUACAGACACAAAUCUAUAAGCAGACCGCAAACUGAAUCUAGUCUCAGCCGGUUAGAGAGAACGGCUAUCGCAUUAAACAGUGACGGAGUCCCAGAUUUCAGAAGAAACUUGGACGAUAUCACCCAAUCGUACUCCCCAGAGGAGAAAAGCGGUAGAAAGAAGAAGUCGCCGCAGAAAAUCGAAUCUCAAGCGAUGUCUCACUCUGUGUCCAGUUUACUAGGAAACUCCAAGCCCAGGCCGGAUUACAGCUCGAGUAAACCCCAAUCCAUGCCUUUGAAUAUGACGCAUAGCGGAUUGAUGACUGGCGGUUCCACGACGAGCAAUGAAUCGAGUGACUUGCAACCUUCCAACUCAGUGUCGCCGAACGAACCGUACCCAAGUGGUAGUGGACCUCCGGAAGGUUUUGGACAAUAUCCAGGCUACGGCAUGGGCUACGGCGCGUACCCCAACCCGCCGUACUACGGGGGUUAUGGGGGCUAUUAUCCCCCAUAUGCCCCACCAGCGCCAUUUCCACCACCCAACACCACGACGGACCCAUAUUUGCCCCCAAACCCACAGUGGUAG